AUGGAUGCGGGUGAAUGCAUCGCCCAAGAGUGCUCCUCAUCCGAUUUGAAUGCAGCAGCUCAAUAUUUUCUCGACCUUUGUACAUCCACUAGCUCAUCCGCCCCCUCGUCUCCCAGAUCCUCUACUGCCUCCUCUAGCACAGUUCCAGCCCCAUCUUCGUCAAUCUCAAGUUCUUCCGCCCUUUCCAGCUCCAGGGCAAUCGGGACAUCAGCAUCCUCUGCCGCAUCUUCUUCUGUAUCGCAGUCUAUAGCUAUGACUGCCUCACCAUCAUCUUCAACAGCUGCGUCUAGUGCUACUAGCAAUACUACUGCCUCCCUCACCUCGCCGAGUGCAGCCAACAGUGCAGCGCCAAAUCCGAGCGCGAGCUCUACCGGAACUAGCAGUGCGAUGCACUUACAGCCCUACACCAGUCACGUCACAUGGGUUCUCAGUGGGAUGAUUCUGAUGCUGAUUUCAAUGAUCGAGCUAUUCAUCGGCAACGUGGGAAAGCCGUCGAAACGCAUAGCCAUCGUUGGAGGCGGAACGGGAGGCGUUACUGCACUCAAGACAUUACUCGUCGAUUUGCCAGAAGAGGAACGAAGUCGUUGGGAAGUCGUUUUAUACGAGCAGAAAAGAGAUGUCGGUGGAGUAUGGCUUCCAGACCUGAAUGUCCCUCGCCCACCUGAGCUUCCUGAGACCCCGCUAUACCCUCGUUUGAUGACCAACACUCCGCACCCUACCAUGACGAUUCCGCACUUUCCGUUUCGACCAGAAACACCUCUGUAUCCUCAGCAUCCGGAUGUGCAGCAAUAUCACGUCGAUAUCAUAAAUCACUGGAAUCUAUCGUCUCAUCUUAGACUCAACCACGAAAUUCUAGAAAGCCGGUGGAUUGGGUCAAGUGAGAAGGGGCAGUGGCGAUUAUUGAUUAAGGAUCGUCUGCAUAAUGAGACUACAGCUGAGGAAGAAUUUGAUCAUCUGAUCAUAGCGAAUGGACAUAACCAUUACCCGUACGAGCCUGUCAUCGAAGGACGGGAGGAGUGGGAAAGAGGCGCUCACCACCUCAUCCUGCAUUCCAUAUUCUACCGAAACCCAGAAGAUUUCAAAGCAAGAAACGUCAUUGUCGUUGGAGGGGGAGCUAGCGGUCGCGAUAUAGCUCAGCAAGUAGUCGGGUUCGCAAAUUCGACUUACGUGUCGCUCAAAACUACCGACUUCCGCGAUUUUCCGUUCCCAGAUAUCCCUGGAGCGGAUUUUAAACCGCGGAUCAGGAGCUUCAAGUCUGGCUCCAUCAUCUUCGAGGACAAUACGACGUUGACUCACAUCGAUACAGUCAUCUUCGGAACAGGAUAUGAGAAUCGUAUCCCAUUUCUUACAGAUUCCGGCCAUCUCUCGAUCAACACAACCCAGUCUCUGGACCAGCUGACAACGAACCUGCGUUAUGUUCGUCCGCUGUACCGUCACCUCCUUUCUCUUGACCCGGCAUACCCCGUCGGCGCAUUAUACUUUAUAGGUCUACCCGUUUUUGUAGCAAACGCCGUCUCAGACAGCGCUCAAUCGCUGUUCACGGCCUUCACCAUUGCGGACCCAUCUCUGCUUCCUCCCCGCUCCGAGCUGAUGAACGAUCUCAUCACACAAGAAUCAAACCUUCGAGAUGCAGGUUUUGAUCCUGCGUAUGUCGGGCAUCGUCUUGUCGGGGAAGGUGGCUCUGAGCAGUAUCAAGACGGACUUGUGAAAUUCUUGCAGGAACGAGGCAAGGCAGGUCAUGGCGGCGUGCCUAGGCUAGGGCAGAAGUUCACUGAGGAAUGGAGAAGUUUCGGAAGAGAUGAAGGAGCGCUCUUGAGAAGAGGUUGGCAGAGGGUCUUAGAUGAAGGGAAGGAUGCUAUCAAGCAUUGGUUGGAGGGAGUGGUCACGGAGAAUCAGUGGGCUAACUUGAUGAGGCGGCUCGCCGAGUGGGAACAGGGUCAGGAAGCAAACGAGGUUUAUAAUGGCAGGUUUGACGGGUACGGGUACCUUUGA